GCAGCCUAAGCUCCUGUCAUCUCUUUCCAAAGAAACUUGUUCUCAACUAGAGAAUGGCUGCUGGCUGGUCAUCCGAAAACGCCACAAAAGCUUACCUCAGGGCCUUGAAAAUGGGGAAGAGAGGGAAAGAGCCUGAUUCAGCAGAGUUCAUAUCUGCGCUCGCGGCGGGAAACAACGCCCAGCUCUUGGUGAUGGUGUCGUCGCCCCGCGCUGUCAAGGGCGAUGCUGCCAUGGUGGUCGCGCUGGUCGCGGCAGCACACCAGACGGGCGGGCGGGUUGUCCUCGUCUCGCCGGCCGGGCUGGACGAGUCGAGAGCCUCCAGGGACUUGCUCGGGCCUCAUGCCAGGUGCGUGGAGUUCAUGGUGGGGGAACCGAGGACCUUUUUGUUGAACGAGCUCAGAGGCGCGGAUUUCGUGCUCUUGGAUUGCAACAGCGAGGACCCGCGCAGGGUCUUCGAGGCGGCGCAGGAAGGCGCCGGCGGAGGGAUCAUCAUGGGGUACAAUGCCCUUCACAAGGGCACAUUGUGGAGUGGAUUGAGAGCUCACUUUUUGCCAAUAGGGGAGGGACUUAUGGUGACUAGGAUUGUGAAAGAUGCUAACACCGGCGGCAAGAUCAGCCAUGGCAGCAGCGGGUGCAGGAAGAAGAGCAGAUGGGUAGUCACGGUGGACGACUGCACCGGCGAAGAGCAUGUUUUUAGGAUCGUUUCGCCUCGGAGGAAAGAGAUCGAAGCUUGAGGACGAGAUUCAUUUGGUUUUGGGAUCUGCCAAAGAAACUGAGAGGACCAAGCCUUCUACUGGAUCUGGAUCUGAUCAUCCACGCUAACUCCUAAGACUUUGCAAAUGUAAAUAGCGAUUAAUUGAAUCAUGUACUGACGAUCUGCAAUUUUUCUUUCCUUUUGCUACACGCAAGUUGUGUUUUCUGCAGAGUUUGCCUCUUUUUCGCCCUCAAAGUGUGACCGGGGGAAAGAAACUAUUGAGAACAUAUGAAACAUUUCGGCACAAUCUAGAC